CUACUUGCAAAAUCUUCGGAACAAGUGACUAAAAUAAAGGCAGCCACUGAGGUGCCUACACAUCAGGCAUGCUGAGCACAGUGGAGCAGAUUGGAAUCUGGCUUUUAACUGGCUUUUUAGCCAUUCUUACAAUCUUUUUCAAUAUUUAUAUCAUACUGGUUAACCAGCGAAACUGCAGAAAGAACCACUUACAUCUAUGCCCAGGUGAUACUAUUAUGACUGGUAUAUCCAUUGCUAGUAUUGGUCAUCAAGUCCUCUCUUACUUGUGGAUGACAAUGGUUCAGGUGGACAUAGAGUGUAUAUAUGACACUGUGGAAUCCAUUCUGUUAGUGUUAGUUUUUUCCCUGAAGUUCUCAAUAAUGUGGACCACUGCCUUCCUUACCUUCUUUUAUAGCACCAAGCUGGUAAUAAAGCCUAUCCACUGCUAUACACGCAUUCAGGAUGCUAUUCUAAAGCAUGUUCUCACUGUGGUGAUUGUAAUUUUUGUGUGUAGCUUUACCAAUUGUGUACCACUUUUAACUAUUAUGACAGCUCACAACAGUAGUAUAGAAACCACAGAUUGUGGUACAAUCGUACCAGAAGGGGCUGCUGGACUUGGCUACAUUAUUUAUCUUGUAGUUAGUGCAGACAUUGUUCCAGGAAUAUUGAUGAUCAAAUGCAGCAUCUCCAUAUCAUAUCACCUGUCUAUCCAUCUACGCCACAUGAAGGAAAGCACAAAUGGAGCCCAUGCACCCAAGCUGGGUACACAAAUGAGGGUGAUCAGGAUGAACCUUACCUUGGUGGCUGUGUUUCUUUGCUUUCUAGUUGUAGAUCUUUAUACUCAGUCCAGUGUAGUAUUAAAAGGUGAAAACACAAUGGGUUUAUCCAUUCUCUUUUCCACACUUUAUACUACAGUCAGUGGAUUUGUACUGAUCUAUGGAAAGAAGAGCUUUUGGAAAGAGUUUCUUCACUGGUUUAACCUGUUUUUAGAUGAGUACUCUUGUUUAAGCUACAUGAAAGUACCAGAGAGUAAGACUGUAACGCACACUGCUUCCAAGCACUAA